AUGAGUUAUCGACGUAAAUAUAAAGAGUUCGAUGAAGCUUUGAUGAAACUUGUCGACGAUAUAAUUGGUUUAUCCUAUAUUGAACGUGCGCAGCAUUUUAAUUGGUACUAUAGAGAUUAUUUGUAUCAGGAUAUUCGAUAUGUCGCAGUUAUAUAUGACCCGCCAGUAGGAGCGUAUUGGAGGCACAAGUAAGACUUUUGGAGUGUGUGUAUGGGUCCGUUUAAACAACAAAGAUGCUCGUAUAGACUUCGUUAUUGGAACGGGUAUUUUUUUAUUUUUCGACCUGAUUCCUAUAGUUUACCGUUUGAUGGCGAAGCACAUUUAGAAAUCGAAGAGAUGUUGCGUGCUGAUGAUGGCGAAUGUUCACUUCUUGAAAUGGUUCAGAAAAUUGUUCUGCGUACACACAUACUUCUAACACUGCGAUUUGUACAUUUAGCGCGUAAGGCAAGAUCUUAUUAUUAUCGUGAUGAAUACUCACCUGAUUGA